AUGUCAGUGCAGCAAAAGGCUGAAGCUCUCAGGCAAAAGAUCGAUGAUCUCCUCGUGGAGGGAGUUGACAUCGCGGUCCCAAUUCUCAAAGUCGUCAAUGCUACGGCUGAUUGGUGUCCCCCUCUAAAGAUGGCGACUGGCGGUGCACUCUCCAUCCUCGACGAAGUUAAAAAAUUCAAGGACAACAAGAAGGAAUGGAUUGAUUUUGGGAAAUACGUUGUCGACACCGUGGCCGAUGUGGUUUCAGCCAUAAAAUCCUAUGAUGCGUCGGCGGAAGAGGCAAAGCCGUGGGUGGAGAGUGUCACAAGGCUCGACAGGGCGCUACAGAUGAUUAAGUCCGAAAUCGAACGAAGACUGAAAAAAGUCGAGAAACGACCGGCUAUCCUAAAUGUAGUGUCCUACUUGAGAGACCCUGGAAGAAUCGAUGGCCUAAAGAAAGACUUUGACAAAGCAUUGGCGUCGUUUCAGCUUAGGACGAAUCUGAUAGGCGGUGCCAAAUUAGCGGCCAUAGAACGUCGUCAACAGGAUGACAACAUCCUUGAUAGUCUCCGAUACCCUCAUAUCGCCCACGAUGAUUUCACCCAGGCAUGCCUGGGAGGGACUAGGAUUGAUCUCACGGAGCGUAUCAUGACAUGGUGUCGCAACACUGGGGAAAGUGAGAACCGGCUAAUGCUACUGACUGGUGUGGCUGGUGCCGGCAAGACUUCAAUUGCACUCAAAAUAGCAGAACAAUGUGCUAGUGAAGGGGACAUUACGCUGUUACUGCACUUCUUCUUUAAAGCAGGAGAACGGUCGCGGCCCGAUUUUCUGUUCAGCGGCAUAGCUCGGACUCUAGCAGACUAUGACCCGGUUUACCGCACGUUCAUCAUCUCUGCUCUUCGAAAAGACCCUUCCCUCUCAACGGCCCUACUCGCGAAGCAAUUCGAGGAUUUGGUGGCUUUGCCUCUCCUCCAUAAACCUCCACCUUCCGACCGUCCCAUGGUGGUUAUCAUCGAUGCUUUAGAUGAAUGUGACAAAGAAGUAUUCGAGUCCUUGGCUGAUAUUCUUCGGGAGGAAGUGCCUAGGCUUCCAUCUUCCAUUAAAUUUUUUAUCACAUCGAGGCAUACUGAUCUUGUUAAGCGCUCCCUUUCACCCCGAUUCCCUAUCGGUCGUAUCGCUAUUGACCUUUUGGAUGACACAAAUGUGCAGGACUGUGCUACAUAUAUACGUUUCGAGCUGCAAAAGCUGAAGAAUUGGCAUCCCGAUUUACGGUGUACUCUUCAGGAUGAGGAUAAAACAGUUGGGGAGAUCUUGGAACGCGCGAGCGGCUUGUUUGGUUGGAUCAGCACCGUCUUUCGCUACAUGAAAACAGCCAACAAGGAUCCCAUGAGGACGCUAGAGGGCUUGCUCAACACUGGUGCCAAACGAUCAAAGAUCCCUGCCGAGGGAAUGAUGGACCGCUUAUAUACAAGCAUUCUGAGGAAGUGCGAUUGGGAUGAUGAAGAUUUUGUCCAUGACUACCCAAUCGUGAUGGGAGCAAUCUUUGUCGCACAGCAGCCUCUGUCCAUCACAGCCUGGGAUGCAAUUUUGUCACCUUUCCUCAAGUCUCCUGUUCGAUAUUCGUUGGCUGAACUUGCUCCUCUGCUCUCAGGAGUUGAGGAUUCUCACUUUCCUGUUCGCAUCUUACACCAAUCUUUCCGCGACUUCAUUGUCGAUCGGAUCGUUCCCUCAUCAAUCAGCCCUUGUUGCAUCCCAGUAGAUAUAGAGAUGGGGAAUUCCAGGGUUUCCCUGCGAUGUACUGAAAUUCUGAACCAGGAUCUUUGCUCUGUAAAGGGCUUAGAACUGAUUGAAAAGUUGUCCGAAAAAGACGAGCUGCCGCUUAUUCCCUUGGGGGAGUUAUCCGAGCACUCUUAUUACGCAUGUCGCUAUAUUGUUCAUCAUCUCAGCGGAGUCCGGGAACCUUCGCAGGAACUCGAUGGGUUAGUUGGCGUGUUUCUCAGUCAGCAAGCAACUCGCUGGGUGGAAGCCUGUGUGAGAAUGGAGGGCUACGUUAGUAUGUCAUUACUCCCUGAGUGGGCUAAGUUGGCUGGUGGCCACAGGUCAAAAGGUGCUGUGCGCACGUUGGCCCGUGUGCUUGUCCGGCUUGUAGGGAAUUUGGAUUUUUUUGCAAGAUUCCAGGAGGCAUACGAGGCAGCAAACGAUUCCGUCGCACUCUGCCGUUACCUUCUUUCAGUGGACUCGCGUUUCUACUCCCCGGAUUUAGCCGAGUCACUUGGGGCUCUUUAUUUGGCCCUUUUCAAACUCGGACGGCACUCGGAGGCGCUCCCAUUCAUCGAAGAAAACGUCAAACUCCGGCGCCAGCUAGUUGCAGUUCAUCCGGAAUCAUGCACCCCGGAUUUGGCCACGUCACUCAACAAUCUAUAUCACGCUCUUUCUACACUUGGACGGCACUCGGAGGCGCUCCCAUUCAUCAAAGAAAGCGUGGGCCUCCAGUGCCAGCUAGUUGCUGUUCGCCCCGGAUCAUACGCGCCGGGUUUGGCCGCCUCACUCAACAAUCUAUAUCUUGCUCUUUCCAAUCUUGGACGACACCUGGAGGCACUCCCAUGGAUAGAAAAAUGCGUCAGCAUCUACCGCCAACUGGUUGCUGUUCGCCCUGGAUCAUACAUGCCAACUUUGGCCACAUCACUCAACAAUCUAUGUGACGCUCUUUCCCAUCUCGGACGGCACUCGGAGGCGCUCCCAUUCAUCGAAGAAAGCGUCAAGCUCCAGCGUCAGUUGGUUGCUGUUCACCCAGGAUCAUACACGCCGGAUUUGGCCAUCUCACUCAGCAAUCUACGUGGCGCGCUUUCCGGUCUCGGACGGCACUCGGAGGCGCUCUCAUUCAUCGAAGAAAGCGUCAGCCUCCACCGCCAGCUAGUCGCAGUUCAUCCGGGACCAUACACCCCGAAUUUGGCCAUGUCACUCAACAAUCUACAUGGCACUCUUUCCGAUCUCGGACGGCACUCAGAGGCGCUCCCAUUCAUCGAAGAAAGCAUCAAGCUCCAGCGUCAGUUGGUUGCUGUCCACCCGGGAUCAUACACCCCGAAUUUGGCCACCUCACUCAAUAAUCUAUAUGCCGCUCUUUCCAAACUCGGACGGCACUCGGAGGCGGUCCCAUUCAUCGAAGAAGCUGUGGAACUCUGGUGGCAGCUGGUCGAAAUCAACCCAGGAGCAUACACCUCGCAGUUGGUCACUUCACUCACGAUUCUUGGCAUCGCUGUUUCCAAUCUCGGACAUCAUUCCGAGGCACAUAUAGGCCACAGUUGA